GCGAUCCUUGCCCGCCCGCAGCGUCUCGUCUCCGGGCAACGCUUGGUGCCUCGGCGCGGUCCCGACCGCCAUGUCCGGCCCGGAGGCCGCGGGCAGCCCCGGAGCCCGCACCAGCGACUGGUACCGCACCAGCCCCGGCCUGCCUGGCCGCUUCCAGCAGCCCUCCUGCUUCCGCGGAUACGGGCAGCCCGAGCCUCACCCCCUGUACCGGACCUCCAACGGCGAGUACGGCAGCAGAGCCCCCACGGUGCAUGAGGUGCCGACCUCCUUCCACGUCACCUCCCACGCCUUCACGGACGGCCUGGCCCAGCGCGGCAUGUACCGGGACAGCGGACUCAACACCUGCCUGGAGAAGAGCCGAGUCACCGGCACAGCCAACUUCAUCACCGCCUCUGACCACCUCAACUUCCACCCCAGCUACAGCCCCCACGGCCCAUCCUUCUGCUAGACCUGCAGCAGCACAACCUUCAGUUUGCUGCUGGCUGCCUAGAUGAAAAUCAGACACCCUCCCCCCCCAGCUGUGACCGAGCAGGCAACAGCACCAACCUUAUCCUGGAUCUGCUGCUGGGCCCCACCUGAGAGCGUGG